UAUCUGUUGCGCCGCGUCAGUUUAAGCCGCGGGCCGGAGCGGGCCUGCCACCCCGAGCAAGGAUGAGCCUGUUUGGAUCAACGUCAGGGUUUGGUACAGGAGGCACCGGAAUGUUUGGCAGUACAACUGCAGAUAACCAUAAUCCAAUGAAGGAUAUUGAAGUAACAUCUUCACCUGAUGACAGCAUAUCUUGUUUAGCAUUUAGUCCACCAACAUUGCCGGGUAAUUUCCUCAUUGCAGGAUCAUGGGCAAAUGAUGUUCGCUGCUGGGAAGUUCAAGAUAAUGGACAGACAAUUCCAAAGGCUCAGCAGAUGCACACAGGGCCUGUAUUGGAUGGCUGCUGGAGUGAUGAUGGGAGUAAAGUAUUUACUGCUUCCUGUGAUAAAACUGCCAAAAUGUGGGAUCUCAACAGUAAUCAAGCUAUCCAGAUUGCACAACAUGAUGCGCCUGUGAAGACUAUCCAUUGGAUUAAAGCACCAAAUUAUAGCUGUGUGAUGACAGGAAGCUGGGAUAAAACUUUAAAGUUUUGGGAUACCCGUUCACCAACACCCAUGAUGACAUUGCAGCUCCCUGAAAGAUGUUAUUGUGCAGAUGUGGUGCAUCCUAUGGCUGCUGUGGCCACUGCAGAAAGGGGCUUGAUAGUUUAUCAGUUAGAGAACCAACCUUCUGAAUUUAGAAGAAUAGAAUCUCCUCUUAAACACCAGCAUCGCUGUGUUGCUAUUUUUAAAGACAAAGUGAACAAACCUACUGGAUUUGCCCUUGGAAGUAUUGAAGGAAGAGUAGCUAUUCAUUAUAUCAACCCCCCAAAUCCUGCAAAAGACAACUUCACUUUUAAAUGUCAUCGUUCCAAUGGAACAAACACAUCAGCACCUCAGGAUAUUUAUGCUGUAAAUGGGAUAGCAUUUCACCCUGUCCAUGGCACUCUUGCAACAGUAGGAUCCGAUGGUAGAUUCAGCUUUUGGGAUAAAGAUGCACGAACAAAGCUAAAAACAUCAGAACAACUUGACCAGCCAAUAUCUGCUUGUUGCUUCAACCAUAAUGGCAAUAUAUUUGCAUAUGCUUCCAGUUACGAUUGGUCAAAGGGUCAUGAAUUUUAUAAUCCACAAAAGAAAAACUACAUUUUUCUGCGAAAUGCAGCAGAAGAGUUAAAGCCGAGGAAUAAGAAGUAGUGAGUAUGAGUCUGACUGGUGUUGCUGUACUGUUACGCUGCCAUUCCUGCCUCUGCUCCACUGCUCUUCUGCCAUUUGUGCCCUACUGCACCACAGUUCAGUCAAUUUGGAAUCGCUAACAUUUAGCAGGAACUGUAAAAAUUACAUUAAAUGUGUUCUGACAUGCUGGAGAGCAUUUUUCAGAUUAGAUAUGCCAGUGUGUAUAGAACCACUGUCUGUUCCACAGCAAUAAUGAAAUUGCAACAAAACCUAAAUCCGGGUUAGAUAUUCCUGCUUAGAAGUGCAACCAUUUGUAUCUAUGGAUUUAUUUUAUAAGUACUGCAUUGAAAUAUGUUAAUUACAGUUCUGCAGAAGUUGUAUAAAUACUGUAUUUUUUUGUAAGUACUCAAAGAAUUGCAAGUAAUUCUUCUCAAAGGGGGCUUGUUAUUAUUCAGGGGGUUUUUCUUUGCAUUCUGGUUUUUAAAGUGGAAGUAUUGUCUGCUGUGUGCUGGAAAGAAAUGCCUUGCAAAUUGUUUUCCUUCAUUUUUUUGAUAAAUUAGGUAGGUAUGUAAGUGGCCAACAACAGUGACAGAAACUCAAGACAGAAGAUGGGCACAGUGCAAGUUUUACUUCAUUUUUUUUUCCUGCACUCCAGCAGUGGACAUGACUUCUGAGCCAAUGAUACUCAUGGUAGUUCAAAGGAGAAAUUGCCAGUUGUGCCAAGUGGUAUAUAAUAGCUCAGUAAUGUGAGCAAACCAUUAAAGGUUUUGUUUUGUUCAUGACCAAACCGAUGUGUGCAAAAUAUGUGUGGCCUAAACUGUUUUAAAACUGACACCUUUUAGGCUUAAACGUUUUCAUCCCUUAACAGGGGGCUCUGGACUGAAUAAAAGUACUCGUUUUUGUAUUAAAUAGAAAAUAGUGCUGGUAAGUUUCAUCUGAUCAAAAAUGCUGUGAAACAAAAUGAGUGGGUCUUUUUCUGACUUGAAUCUACCACUGUUUACUUCUAACUAGCCAGUUGUAUACAUGCCAAAGUUUUCUUUUUAGAAGUGAAUGCUUGUUAUUCCUGUUUUAACUAUUGUUCAUUUGAUAUAAUGACUAAAUAAAAGCAGGGGGAGCGCAUGUAUAGAAAUACCUGUCAUAUUGUACAAUAAAUUCUCUGUAAAACUGUAUGUUGUAACACUUAUGGUUAUGGGUUCAUGCUACAUUUCAAAUAAAAUUUUUACUAAAUGCUUUUUUA